GAUGAAGUCGAAGUUAUCAAAUAUUUUAGACGCGAUAAAGUUGCAGAGAGAUAUGUUACUUAAAACCGGAUGCUGGCCAGUCCGAAAUCCAUCAUUUGGGUAUCGCUGCAAAUAUUACCUGGCUUGGACGAUUGAUUUAUCAUUUCAAAUCUUUCUCUUCAGUGAACUAUACAAAAACUUCACACAAGGCGAAUACAAAGCCAUGACUGAAUUGUUGUCGUUUAUGGCGUCUGAAGUUCCGUAUUUAUUCAAACAUCUAUUAUUCGACUUGAAUAAGAACAGAUUUAUGACUGCAUUGGACAAACUGAAUCAUCCGAUGUUUAAUGAAUAUCCAAAGGUGUGCGAUAAAUACGUCCAAACGACAAUCAAAGUUGCCCGAUUUAUUAUGCGUUUCUAUCAAUUUACUGUUAUAAAUUUAGUGCUUUUGUAUCUUUUCAAACCAAUAUUUUCGGAACAAAUGGCAAUUCGCUUUUCUGUGAUUGAUUUGGGACGGUAUAAGUGGGUAUUCCACAUAUAUCAGGUGAUUUCUAUCGGAAGUGGAUGUUACAACAAUUCGACUUUUGAUAUUCUUGCAUUGGGAAUUAUGUCAAUUGCUAGCGCACAAUUUGAGAUUCUUCGAGAUAAAUUAAUCAAUAUCACAAAGUGGGCUGGCUUAAAAAAUGAAGAGAUUGACAACGGCGGGGUUAAUGAUGAUGUUGAGAUUAACGAUGUUUCUGAUACUGUGUUCAAUCAGUAUUUGAGCGAGUGUGUCAAGCAUCAUUUGGGUAUUCUCGAAUAUGUUUCAGAUAUAGAAUAUACGUAUACAUAUUACGUUCUGGUUCAGUUCGUUGAUAGUGUUCUAGCUAUCUGCAAUACGUGGUUUCAGUUUAUGCUCGAAGAUAAACUAAUUAAAAUAAUGUUUUUAAUUUUUUACACCUGCACUUUGCUAACGCAAUUGGGAAUGUAUUGUAUUUAUGGCAAUACAUUGAUGUUAAAUAGCGAGGAAAUACGUGAUGCGUGUUAUUCAUCGAAUUGGUUGCAAACAGGUACGAAGGUACGAAAAAGUUUAAUGCUGAUUAUGGAGAGAUCGAAGCGCCCAACUGUUUUGACAGCAGGAAAGUUUUCAGUGUUAAAUUUAGCGACCUACGGUGGGCUAAUUAAAAUGUCCUAUUCAUAUUUUGCUCUUAUGAAUCACUUAUAUGGCAAGUAAAAAAUAUAACGAUUAAAAUUUCUUUUCGUUAUUAUAUCUUUUCAAAUUGAAGGCAAACAACCAAAAUCAUCAAAAGCACAAAAACAACGACAUGCACACAAUACAAUUAUAAACAGUAAAACCACUAUGAUAUACCUAUCAUUUAAUAACACAUACCACGGCACACAUAGCAAAAUUAUUGAAAAGCAAAAAUAUAAAAUAGCAUACAAAACCAAUCUCUGAACAUCAAACAAGUAAAAAACAAUGACCAAACCCACAAACGCAUCAAUAGAGGAAUUUUCAAAUGGACAUACUAGGAAAGCAAUGUAAUGUCCACCUAAAAUUAAAACAAAUAAAAACUUUAAUAUUUGAUGUAAAGAAACGCUAUAAAAUACAACCAAUAACGCAACAAAAAAAUAACCACUCACAAAAAAAUCACCACUCACAAACCUACCAUAUACACACUAAAACAAUUAAUUAAAACAUCUCAAAAAUUAGUCAAUUGCUGACGAUAUUUGACGAGGGGAAUAUGAUUAAUUCGAAGGGGACAAUUUUAAAAGUGUGAAAACUCGUUACCGACAAACAAUAUAAUAUUAAUAAUUAGAAUAAAUAGUUAUAUAUUUUUUAUAAGUUAUAUUCUUUAUAAUAAUUAUGAAUGUGCUAGCAA